AUUUUGCAUCACUACUAGUUUGCUACUACUAAUAUACUAUAAGCUCAUAAUGGCCAUUCUUCUCCCUAAUUGCCUCUUUUUUUCAGUCAUCUCUAUUGUUUUUGCUAUUCUUCUUGAAAAAUGUAAUUGUUUUAACCCUAAACUUCUAAAUGUUUCCAACUUUAAUUAUCAAGGCUCCAACUCCAAUUGGUCUCCUGCUGGUGCUACAUGGUAUGGAAGCCCUAACGGUGCCGGAAGCAAUGGUGGAGCAUGUGGGUAUACAAAUACGGUGGAAAGGCCGCCAUAUUCUGCCAUGGUAUCAGCUGGUGGAUCCUCAAUUUAUGAGUUUGGUGAAGGGUGUGGAGUUUGCUAUCAGGUAAAAUGUACUGAAAAUGAAGCAUGUUCAGGAAAACCAGUGAUUGUGACAAUAACAGAUCAGUGUCCUGGUUGCCCCUCGGAUAAACCUCAUUUUGAUUUAAGUGGAACUGCUUUUGGGGCCAUGGCCAAGCCUGGCCUUGCUGAACAUCUACGAGAUGCUGGUGUUCUUGACAUCCAAUACAAAAGGGUAAAAUGCAACUAUCCUGGAGUAACUGUAGAGGUACGAGUGGAUCCGGGAUCGAACCAAUACUACUUUGCAUCUACAAUUGAGUAUACAGAUGGUUUGGGAAUAGAAAGUGUGAAGUUGAAGCAAAGAUCUGGUGGGUGGGUCAAUUUAGAACAAUCAUGGGGUGCAGUUUGGGAGCUGAAUGCAGGGGAUGUUCUUCAACCUCCUUUUUCUCUAGAGUUAACUGAAGCUCAAUCUGGAGACACUAUUACUUUGAACAAUGUCAUUCCUAGGGGUUGGAAUCCUGGUCAAACUUAUCGUUCUCAUGUUAAUUUUAAUAACUAAUCUUGUAUGUUUGUAUUUUUUUUUUUUACAAAGGUAUCAAUGUUAUAGUAUUAGGGUUACACUUAGUUUGUCCUCCUUUGUAAUGGAGAAGAGUUUCAAGGCUGGUUAUUGAGUUUGACGAUGCUGCCAAAAUUGAUACCGGGAACUUGGUAUGUGGUACGUGAUUUAGGAGUCCAUCUAGUUUACUUUAAAGGUUACCUUCUGCAUUUCCGCUUCCGUAUCAUGUUCCCGAAUGUUCUAUGUUCCAUGUAACAAUGUCAGCCAAACUAUAAUAUGUGACUCAUAGUAGUAUAUUUGUAAUGUAUGUUAUGCUAGUGGGAUGUUAGGUUGUGGAAUAUGAAUUAUUCCCACCCUCCCCUUUUAUAUGAAAACAUAUGUUUACUCUA